AACCUCCACCUCCGCCUCCCCCGGUGCGCAGCGCACACAGCCGAGCCGCAGCCAGUCACGCGCCCGACUUCGCUCGCUCGCGCACGCACGCACGCACGGGACGGAACACACUCGCGCACUCCCACUCCCACUCCACCGCUCCGCUCUCCCUGCCUGGCCCACGGCCGCCGCGCCGCCUGCCUUGCCUGCCCGCCUGCAUGGGCGACCACCACCCGCGGGCCCGCCCCGCCGCCGGCGACCUGCGCCCGCCGGAGCCGCCGCUCGACCCGCUCGAGUUCCUCUCCCGCUCCUGGAGCGCCUCCGCCGUCGACGUGCCCCGCCCGCGCCCGCCGUCGCCGGCGCCGCUCCUCGCCGCGCCCAUCGCCGAGGACCCCGCCUGCUGCGAGCUCGACGACGGCGCCGCCACGGCCGGCAGCUCCUUCUCCUUCGCCUCCGCCGCCACCUCGCAGUUCAUCAUGGAGCGGAUCCUGGCGCAGUCGGAAGUGGCGCCCCUCACAACCGGACGGCUCUCCCACAGCAGCGGCCCGCUCAACGGCGGCGGCUCGCUCACCGACAGCCCGCCGGUCUCGCCGGAGAUUGACGACUCGCAGGUUCACUUCUUGUCACCUUUGCUGCUUUCCACUCGUGCUGGCUACCAGUUCCUAGGCGAGGCCCCUGUUCCAAGUGCUCGUGAUUUCCAGUGCAGUAGUACUCGCAGUUCUACUAGUACUUGGCCUCAAUUUUUAAUGCCGAGCAAAGCGCCAGCCUUCUUCAGGCUCUCACUAAUUGUGCUCAGUUUCCAGUACCAUCUUCGGAUGUUCUUGAGCGUUUUAAGUUACAAAGACCAAGGCGCUAGUGGACGAACUGUGUUGAUGUGUCAAGUUUUUUAGAGUUUCAGCAAGAAACCAAAAGAGAUUGUGCACUAGCAGCCGUGUGCACGACUCAUGGUCGUGUGCUUGUUUACCGGGAAAACCAUCUUUUCCGCGCUCUACAACUUCAGAAAACCCGAAAAAGUCGAUUAAAUCAUGAAGCUUUUGCGCAGCUUUCUUUUUACUAGUAGUUCCAUUGUCCUUGCUAGAUUAUUUGUCCGGGAAAAAAUAUCUGUUCACAAAACUUUUCCUUGCAUAUUGUGUCUAAACUGACGGUUUGCAAGACUAUUUUUGUAAAGUUCAUCGGCUGCAAUUAAACAUUUCCAUGGCAAAAGAUCUCAGCAAAAUAUCAAAACAUUUUUAGCAUUGUAUAGGCUCUCACACUCACACUAGAAACCGCAGCUUGGUUGUGCUUGUGGUAAAACAGCCGAGGCCAGAAGAGUCACUUGUUUAUGAAAGUAACUAUACUAUAGGAAGCUGUGGGACACUGAGAGGCUGCCUGGGAGCUGGGACAAAGAGACCAGCCUUGCAGCCUUCCCUGUGCGCCAAAUUUUCUGUGGAGAGAGAACAAAAGAAAAAAAUGGAACAGGCCCCGUCGCCUUUCUCACAUUCCGAUAAAACACCUGGCCAUAGUAACCCUCAUCUCUUUUUCCCCACAUCUUUUGUUUUGCCUAGUCCCUUUCGCUCUCUCUCUCUCUCGCUCGCUGCUACCAAGAGCCUGCGAUCUCGGCGCCCAUGGCGCAAUGUUUUGCCGCGGCCAUGUCCUUUUCUCCGUCGCCCCCGCCGACAACUCCUGUUUUCCAGUUUGAAGGCUGUGCCCCUUCACAUGCGGGAUCAUGU